UAGAGAAGGAGAGCAUGGUCACUGCAUGAGCAGCAGCUGCAAAGAGAGGAGGUGUUUCAGAGGGAAAGGAAGCGCAGCCCUCAUCACAAGUCAGUCUGAGAGCCAGCAGCCAAUUCUCCAGUUGCAGAGCUGACAAUGAGCCGAACCCUUGGUCUUGUAGACUAUUUAUUGGCCCAUCCACAGCUGCAGUAAGAGCACCCAGUGCCAAGGUGUAGAUCCAGGAUAGACCUGUCUUGUUUUGUGAAUGGUGCCUGCUCUCACUGGGUGAUCAAUUAUUUAUUCAGGAAGAGCCAUUGAUGCUUUACCAAUCACCAGAGGAUACAUUAUUCUGCCGUGUUCCAUGAAGCUGUGAUAUAAAAUAUCCUUCUCCAGCUCAGAAGCAGAGCUUGUUGGGAAAAAAAGGGGGGACACUCUAUGUGACUACUGAGCAUUUACAUAUUGUUUUUCUUCUUGAUUUCACCUGGGGAAACUUUCGACUAGCACCCCUUGAAAUUAAGAGUCUUGAUACAACAUAAAUGGUGGAUGCGAUAGUGGAGUUUGAUUACAAGGCUCAACAUGAUGACGAGCUGACCAUAACAGCAGGUGACAUCAUCACCAAGAUCAAAAAAGAAGAUGGCGGAUGGUGGGAAGGAGAACUUAAGGGGAGAAGAGGACUCUUCCCUGACAACUUUGUAAGAGAACUGAAGAAAGACAUAAAAAAAGAUCUAAGUAGUAAACCACCUGACCGACCCAGCCAGAACAUUUCUAAUGGGAAUGCCUUGCUCUCAAAUGAAGCAAUUGUGCGGAGUUCCGGAAGAGGUGAACGGACCAGGCGGAGGAGGUGCCAGGUUGCAUUUAGCUAUAUGCCGCAGAAUGAAGACGAACUUGAACUCAAAGUGGGAGAAAUCAUUGAAGUCCUUGGAGAGGUGGAGGAAGGUUGGUGGGAAGGAGUCCUUAACGGAAAAACGGGCAUGUUUCCUUCCAACUUCAUCAAGGAUAUUAUGAUGGAAACCGAGAUUGGAAAUUUUGAAGACCAACCAAUAAAGCAAGGGUUUAGAGACACAGCUGGCUCUGAGAGUGAUGGCGGUGACUCCAAAUCAGACGGGACCAAUGGAAUUAGUGGCGCAGAGAACCAGGCGAAGAAAAUCAGGGGAUUUGGCUUUGGGGAUAUUUUCAAAGACAAACCAAUUAAACUGAGACCAAGGUCAAUAGAAAUGGAGAAUGACAUGGUUCUGACAGAAAAGACAACGGGGAAGAAAAUCCCUCAAACAAUGACAUCACAGGAGUCGCUAAAAAUGGAGACAGAAAGCAAAUCAAAAUCCAAAGAAUAUUGUAAAGUUCUCUUUCCAUAUGAAGCACUAAAUGAGGAUGAAUUGACAAUCCGUGAAGGUGAUAUUGUCCUUGUUCUUAACAAGGAUUGCGUAGAUGUAGGAUGGUGGGAAGGAGAAAUCAAUGGAAGAAGAGGAGUGUUUCCAGAUAACUUUGUCAAGUCACUUCCUCCUGAUUUUGAGAAAGAGAUUCAUAGACCUAAGAAACCGCCACCUCCAUCAGCUCCUGUCAACAAGUCAGGAACGAGUACAACAGAGAGAAAGCAAGAAAUAAGGAAAAUACCACCAGAAAGACCAGAGACCCUUCCACACAGGCUCGAAGAAAAGGAAAGAACAGAGCGAGAUCAUAAAGUGGUUGAUCCACUGAAACACUCAGUGCCCGCUAUACCUCCGAAGAAACCACGUCCGCCCAAGACCAACUCUUUGAAUAGACCUGGCACAUUGCCACCCAGAAGACCAGAAAGGCCAGCAGGACCUGUAACACAUGCCAGAAGUGAAAGCCCAAAGUCAGAAGUCGGAAUCAGUACUGUAUCCAGCACCCCUGACAGAGACUCAUCAGAUAAAAGCAAUGAUAUUGAUUUGGAGGGCUUUGAUUCUGUUGUGUCAGUGGGAGAGAAACUUAGUCAUCCAACCGCAUCAAGACCAAAAUCUAGUGGGAGACGUCCACCAUCUCAGUCCCUGACAUCAUCAUCCCUUUCGAGCCCCGAUUUCUUUGACUCGCCUAGUCCUGAAGAAGAAAAGGAUGACCAUGGCAACCUGCAGAUAAAAGUAGUCGACACAUCUAAAAAAACAUCUAGAUCUAUUACAUCACAAGGUACAGAUAAUAGAGCCGUUUUACCACCAAAACCAGGUGGCUUGAUAUCAAGUGUAAGUUUCUCACACGGUGCACCUGGAGCACCAUCUGCAUUCCACACUGUUGCCUCAAGUAGUCACAGGUCAAACUCUCCGUCCUUCACCAGCCCCGACUCCAGACAAAAACCUGACCAAACCCCAUCACCACUGGAAGAGUUACAGACACAAGUCAAGGAGUUACGGAGCAUCAUAGAAACGAUGAAAGAUCAACAAAAAAAAGAAAUUAAACAGUUAUUGUCUGAACUUGAUGAAGAGAAGAAGAUUCGUCUCCGAAUACAGAUGGAUGUGAAUGAGAUUAAGAAGUCUCUACAAUCAAAGUGAUUUCUGAAUGAAAAUAAAUAUAUGUAACCCUAUACUUCGGAAGUCCAUGAAUGAAACUGUUCUUCCCCUAGCCAAAAUAUAUUGGUGCCAAAUGGUUAAUUAUUUGCCUCAAACUCGCGGAAAGCACAACGGCAAUUCACCCAUCAAGGAGACUCUUGUGACAUUUGUAGACCGUGUGGCAAACGUGUUAACUGGAUAAAUCCAACUUGUGCCGACGCGUUUCUUCUUAACACUGCGAUUGAAGAAAACUCAGGCAGUUUACUUCAGAGUGGUACUUUUUCUUUCUUUGGGGGGGGUGGGAUAAUAUUUUUCCAUGAAUAAAGUGUAUUUCAAAUUGUCUGUUUACAAGCUUUAUAAUUUUACGUGUUUUGUGUACAUCUUUUAUCUCAGAUUCUUGAAUUGUUUGUACAACUUGUAGUUAAGUAAAUGUCAUUUGCUGUUUUGCUCCAAGAUGUAUCUGCUUGGAUCUCUGAUGAUGACCUCCUAUCAUGCAUAUUACAGUCCACAAAAUAUGAUAAAACGCUUAAAAAUAUUUUUUCUUUUUUUUUUUUACUGUAACUUAGAAUGUGUGUUAAACAAAAAUGGACUUUGAAGAUGCUUUGUGCCUUUUUCCCUAAAGCAAAAUUGCAAAAAAUAUUCAAUAGAAUCUUCAAGGCUCGGUGUUGAGUGAUAAGUCAAGUAGGCCAGAGGAAAAGCUGAAAGCUUGUUUCAUUGCCCAUAUUUACUUUGCAUUGGUUUUGGUUAUGAGUUUGUUCCCAAGCUGGUGCAUGCUGUCCUGGUUUUAUAUCAGAUGAUGAAUUCCCGGUAACCAAAUUUAUUUGUUGCAGUACCACAUUAGCUGCAUUACAUGUAUGCCAGUUACAAAAGAAUACUAUUGCUAAAAAAACAAAUAUACUGUGAAUAGAACAAUGAUCUAAAUUGUAAAAUAAUGUAUUGAUCGAAUUGCAAAUAUAGUUGGAAUAAUAUUCACUAAAGUUAUGAAUAUGCAGCUAUGUAGUAACUGUGGCAUUGUGUAGGAAAUAUGGUGUGUGUGUGUGAAUACACAAUGUAUUUGGAGCACCAGUGGAAUGGAAAAAUGUAGACUCUGUGAUUUUGGUUUAGUUUAACAGAUAAAACAAGUAAGAUCUGUCCUUAAAAAACAACAAAUGUAGGCACCAGUAAUAUUAGAAUACCUCACACCUACUGGGCAGCUGACUGACCUUAUGUGAUUGAAUUAAGUAUAUAAGAAAGACCGUUUCAUAAUUUUGUAAAACACAAUGUCUGUAAAAUAUUGCAGUAGAUAGGUGAAGUGUAUGAGUGCGUAACAGAGUGACAGGUGAAGAUAACUGUUGCAUUGUUUUUUAACUCCUUAAGGACCAGUAGUGAUUCAUAUCAUCCUCACAAUCUAGCAGAGUAGGCAACUUUUGUAACUCCAGAUGUUGUGGACUACAUCCCCCCUGAUGCUUUUCCAGCAUUAUGGCUGUAAGUGUAUUAUGGGAGAGGUAGCAUGGGUUGCCUACCCCUGAUUCUAGUUCUUAAAAACCCUGUGCCAGCAGAGAUUGGCCUAAUUAUUUAACUGUCCUUCGGAUUCUUGCUGAUGCUAAAGUUUUUUCUAUGGUAAAGUAGGGUCUCUAUGGGCCAGGGUGUUAUGACAGGAUAGCUGUCAUAGUUCCUUAAUGGGUUAAAAGAUGGUUGUUUUAGAAGUAUUUAACAAUACCUUUGUGAAAAGUACAAGGUCAAAUUGACAAUUAUGUUUUGCACACAAAAGAAACACAAACAGGAACCCAUACGAGAGAAUAUAUUACAGUGCAAGAGUGCCCCCUGGUGGCAUAUAUUAUAAAGACCUUGCAGUUGAACUUUGAAGAGUGAAUCAAAUGAGCAAUAGUAUUCAUUAAUUAAUAUUUCACCAUUUUUUAGGACCCAGUCAAAAUCAUUUGUGGCAGCAAAACCGAUAUACACCAAAAAGCAAUAAACACUUUGAUCUAUUUAUGAGGGCUAGAAAGUAGAAUGAAUAUAAUGUGUUGUAAUUCUGAUUGUAAAAUAAACCAAUAUCACAAAAAAAUAUUGUAUUACUAUGUGUCAAAUGAUGAGAAAGACUUCCUAAUAGAGUUUCCAAUACAGAAAUUGUCACGUUUUAUUUUUCAUGGAUACAUUUUUAUGUAUUGAGAACAAGAACUGUACUUAUCUUAUUAAAUUUAAAAACCUAGGGAAGACUGACAACGAACUACAAAGAAUAAAGUAUUACAAAUGGAAUAUUAACACAGCUACUCAAUGCUGCCAUCUACUGGUCAGGUAGACUGUGCACAUAGCACUCCAAACUUAAAUCUGUCUCUUGGUUUAUGAUGAAAUGUUUUUAUUAAUUUAUCUUAUUUUUUGAAGUCGUGAUGCUCUAUAUGUGAUAUUUGGAGUACUGUAAGAGAAGAUUAAUCAUUUGGCACUUUGAGAGCUUAAUGCCUAAUUGCCUGAAGAAAACAACAAUUGAAAGAUUUAUUACUGAUUUAUGUAAUGAGAAAGAAUAUGUUUUCGCUAUGAUUAUUUGUGUGUUUGAUAUCUAAAUCCCUCUCCUAUCAAACUGCAUGACUUUGUGAAACCAGAACACGCAGUCUGGCAGCUUUAUACAGAGAUCCCUCCGUUUUCUGUAAAUGAUGUAAAUGACUGUAAGAUAUAAAGGAAAACUGCCUACUUACCUGUUCGCUCAGGAGGGUAGGUUAGGGAUUUAUUCUGAUAGUUUUGUAUUACAUUUGUCCACGCAUGGAAUGAGUGCCUAAUUGCCAUCACUGGGGCAGAUGAAAAGUAGCCUUCCAGCAGAUGACAAGCCACAACUCCCAUGAUGCUGGGUGUUUUUAUGCAGUUGUGGUUUGACAGCAGCUAUUUGUUGGCUUGCCCUCUGCCAUUGCAUAUUGUAUUUGCGCAAACUCUACUGUGUGACUUGUGACUUUUUCAUCUGUUUCAGUCUCUUAAUUUCAUCCGAAAAGACCGUUUGUAAUUUAUUUAAUAUUUACAUCACAAAAACUGUGUAGACUAUGUUUUUGUUUUUUUUUUAUUGGCAAACCUACAAAAAGGUGAAUCAAAUAAAAUAAGGUCAUUGCUGAGAAAAAAAAAACAACAGAUCAUAGUCAUGCAUAUUAGGUGAUGUUGUUUUUAACUUGGAUUUUUAUAAUAUCUCUGGUAUUUAUGUAUUGUCACUUGCCACUCUGUUGUAAGCUUCAUGAUGAUAAAAUAGAAUGUUUUUAUAUCUA